AUGUCCAUCGACCCUCCAGCAUACAUUGUGUCGCUCCAGAACAACAUUCGAGCACGGCCAAUAUCAUGGGAGGGAGCUGUCCGGGCCAAGACGAUCACCGAUGAGGAUCUGAAGAAGAUCAAGGCGAUUGACAAGGUGCGGAAAGAGCAGCGCAAGCAGACGAUUGAGGGAGAUGUCAAGACGUACACUGCUCUCUUGCUGGGUAGCGGAGAGACUAAGAGCAUAUUUGAGAGUGCAGCGAAGAGGACAGACAUCCUCCAGUAUAUGCUGGUCUUGACCGGAGACUUGGUAGAUGACAUACCAUCCCUGACCGAGGCUCUCAUCAGUCACCCAAAGCCAUUCAAGCCUCUACUGCCGCUCCUGAAGCAAUCGUCAAAUCCAGAAGAUCCCAUCCCGCUAUUGACGUCCUCGGUACUGUCAUCGUUGCUCUCGCAUGCAGUCACCGCACAGCCCAAGUCAACUCCCGAGAUUGAUGAGGCACUCCCAAAGCUCUACUCAUACAUUGCCGAACUGGCCAAAACAUCAGACUCCAAUCUACAAGACAUCGCAGUGCAGGAGUACAGCGCACUCUUGCGUACCACAAAAUCGAGAAAGCAAUUCUGGCAACAGCGGAAAGAGACACUGGGUCCUCUGAUCGAAAUCCUACGAAACGCAACUGGCGGCAAGGAUACAGACAGCACGGCGUAUGGCAGCUCCGCAGGUACCAGCAUACGGUCUGCUACGGAAGCGAACAUCAAGAUCAGUGGUGUCAGCCUGCAGCUUCUCUACCACAUCCUGAUGGUAGUCUGGCAGCUUUCAUUCGAGGGCGAGUUGGUAGGGCAAGGCCUCGAUGAGGAACAUGACAUUGUGCCACUUUAUACUCAGCUCCUCCGAGUCUCACCCAAAGAGAAGACCACUCGAUUGCUCCUCGGUACACUCAACAACCUUCUCGCAUCUAACAAGACCACUCUUAUGCCUGCAGCCCUCCCUGCAAAGCUUCCUUCAGUCCUCAAGAACCUCAAGAGUCGCCAUCUCACCGACGAAGACUUGCUCGAGGAUCUUGAGAAUCUCACAACCAUGGUUGACGAUUACACCAAAACUCAGACCACACUGGAUGAGUAUGCUGGUGAAGUCAAGUCGGGACAUCUGCGAUGGUCACCGCCUCACAAAGACGCAACCUUUUGGAGUGAGAACGCACAGCGCAUCAUUGAAGAUGAUCAGGGUGCGCUGUGCAAGAAGCUAGCGGAGAUCCUCAGCAAAGACUGGCAGAACGACAAGCAAGUGCUUGCUAUUGGAUGUAAUGAUGUUGCGUUCCUGGUCAAGGAGUGCCCGCAGAAGAGGCAACAAUUGGAGAGAAUGGGUCUGAAAUCACGGGUGAUGGCUUUGAUGCAGGAUGAGAAUGAAAGUGUGCGAUGGGAGAGUUUGCGGGCAGUUGGCGAGUGGCUGAGGUAUAGCUUUGACUCGAAGUGA